GACCGGAAGUGAGGAUUCUGUCCCUGAAACAAUACACAUCAAUUUAGAACGAUGAAACGCACAUUAGGUCUAAUAGAGGAUACUGCAAAAAGACACCGUGUGUCAAUGUUAACGUGGAACAAAAAAAACACUAGCCUUGUUCUUAAGUUUCCUUAGAAAUAAAUGCGUGCGAGAGGCUUUUAUUUCAACAACAGACCGGAAGUGGAGUGUGUCCCCCCGAGGACUUGAUGGCGAUGUUUAUGAAGUUCGGUGGCUGAUGUUUCUGUCGUGUCUAACUUUACAGAGGAAUAUUCUGGGCAGCGCUGCAGAGAGCGGCCUGAUAUCGGCUUCCCCGUGGCCGCGGUGUAACCGUGGCGUGUAGCUAACAUUAGCCUCGGUGCGUGCAGUUAAAGGGCAACACGCAGAGUCACGGAGUUCUCCGCCGGUGGCCAUAACAGAGAGGAGGCGUGCGUCCGGUCGAGGAGCCGGGACCCGCUAACAGCUGGGAGCUAACACCGUAUCCCGGUCCGCCUGUUGUUAGCUACUUUAUCCGACGGUCAAAUGGCCCUGCUGCAGUUCACUGAAUGUUAGCUAGCACGGCUCGCUCUGUCAGCAUGGGAGACGAUAACGGAGUUAACGGUGACCUGAACGCCAACCUGAGGCGCCAGAGCACCGGCGACCCGCAGCUGGACAAGGCGGUGCACCAGUGGUUAACCUGGGACAAGAACCGGAGGACCCGGGCUCAGGUGGAGUCUCUGGUGGCGGCAGGGCGGUUGGAUGAACUGAGGUCGAGACUCUGCAGCAGGAUGAGCUUCGGCACGGCCGGACUCAGAGCGCGGAUGGGAGCCGGAUUCAACCGGAUCAACGACCUCACGGUCAUCCAGUCCACACAGGGUCUGUUUUCCCACCUGUCCAGGUAUUUUGCAGACUUCGGCACUAGAGGACUGGUUGUUGGUUUUGACACCAGAGGACAGGAGGAGAGCGGCUGCAGCAGUCAGCGGUUGGCAAAGUUGACGGCUGCUGUGAUGCUCAGCAGAGACAUUCCUGUUCAUCUUUUCUCCACAUUUGUCCCCACGCCGUACGUGCCGUAUGCUGUGAAGAAGCUCGGCGCAGCAGCUGGAGUGAUGAUCACCGCCUCACAUAAUCCUAAAGAAGACAACGGAUACAAGGUGUACUGGUGUAACGGCGCUCAGAUCUGCUCACCUCACGACAAGGAGAUCCUGCGGAGAAUCGAGGAGCACCCGGAGCCCUGGAGCGUCUCCUGCUGGGACGAGGAGCUGGUGGAGAGAUGCUCCCUGAGAACUGACCCCCUGACCCAGAUCAACAGCUGCUACAUGGACGAACUCACCUCCCUCUGCUUCCACAGGGAUCUGAACAUCAAAUGUCCUUUGAAGUUCGUCCACUCGUCCUUCCACGGCGUCGGACAUGUCUUCGUCCUGCAGGCCUUCCAGACCUUCGGCUUUGCUCCGCCGAUCCCCGUCCCUGAGCAGAAAGACCCUGACCCCAACUUCUCUUCCGUCCGCUGCCCAAACCCAGAGGAGGGAGAGUCUGUUCUGGAGCUUUCUCUUCUCCUGGCAGAGAGGGAAAACGCUCGGAUUGUUCUGGCAACGGAUCCUGAUGCCGACCGUUUGGCUGUAGCAGAGAAGUCUGAUGGGUGUGGUUGGAAGGUGUUCACAGGUAACGAGCUGGCGGCUCUACUGGGUUGGUGGAUGUUCUUUAACUGGAAGGAGAAACAUCCAGAUCCAGCAGACACUCAAAGGGUUUACAUGUUGGCCACCACGGUGUCCUCCAAAAUCCUGCAGGCCUUCGCUCGUAUCGAGGGGUUCCACUUCGAGGAAACUCUUCCAGGAUUUAAAUGGAUCGGGAACAGGAUUCACGAACUCUCCAAAACAGGAAACACAGUCUUAUUUUCCUUUGAGGAGUCGAUUGGUUUCCUGUGUGGCAGUAUGGUCCCUGAGAAAGACGGUGUGAGCUCUGCAGCGGUCGUGGCUGAAAUGGCCGCUUAUCUCCACAACAAGAACCUGAGUCUUAACCAACAACUCCACAACAUCUACCAGACGUAUGGUUACCAUGUGUCUAAAACCUCCUACGUCAUUUGUAACGACCCGCCCACCAUCCACAAGAUCUUUGGUCGGAUCAGAAACUUUGACGGCGAGGGAUCGUACCCAAAGAUGUGCGGCGGCGUCCAGAUUGUCCAGGUCAGAGACGUUACCACGGGAUACGACAGCAGCCAGGCUGACCUCAGAUCUGUUCUUCCAGUGUCGAGGAGCAGUCAGAUGAUCACCUUCACGCUACAGAACGGUGUGGUGGCCACACUGAGAACCAGCGGCACCGAACCGAAGAUCAAAUAUUACACCGAGUUCUGCGCCGCGCCGGGGAAAAGCGAGGUGUCCAGUCUGGAGGAGGAGCUCAGGAAGGUGACGGCUGCUCUGCUCGACGAGUUCCUGGAGCCGGAGAGAAACCACCUGAUUCGUCGCUUCGUCUAACCCCGCCUCCUCGCACCAGUCCCUCCCGUGAUGUCACAUCCUGUAGUGUUUGUGGACGAAUCAGAGCAGCCUUAGCUUCACUUUGUGGUGUUGAUGAAGAUCACGUUCGGACCGAAGAACCAGUUUGGACAAUGACAGUAGUUGGAUGUUAGAGACUGAAAAUGAUACUGAUUCAUUUAAAGGAAGGGGGGAAAAAAAUCAAAAGCUAGAUCAAUGUUUAGUUGCAGGUCUGAACUGUGUAUUUCAUUUAUUAUACAGCAGUGACAAUGAUGAGUGAACAGCAGAGUCCAGCCAAAGAGUGAUUAUUUUUCUCUAUUUUCAGUUUCUUUCAUUUGAUUGGCUAUCAGGACAGAGGCUGUGCAGCUGCAGCGACAAAAGAAUUAUUUACAAAUGUAUUUUCAAAGAAGUGAAGAAGAAAACUAGAUAUAAACUGUUGGUGAAACCAAAUAGUUACUUUCAGACUCAGGAGAAUUCCUGCGCUGUGAAGAUUUGAAAUCAAUUAGUUUUUCCGCAAGGUGAGGGAUUUAACGUGGAAGUUCAUUAAUGACAAAACGGCUCUGUGCAGAGAACAAACUAAUCAAGCUACAUGUUUCAUAUGGCAGCCUGUUGCUGACACUAUGGAGGAAAAAAGUCUAAUUUUUCUCAUUAAUACCACCAAUUUUUCAAUUUUAAACGAGAAACUUGUUACAACAACGUAACAUUCACCUUGUAUCAUCAUAAAAUAAUCAUCUCGUUAUACAAUAAGUUAGUUUGUUAUGAAGACAUUUAUUUACGCUGCAAUUUCUUUUUUACAAGAUAUUUUGAUUUUGCUUAGCAAGAGUAUCUUCUGCUAUAACAAGAUGAGGUUAUGUUAUUAAAAACAUUGUACAAACUGAAAACUUUUGGUUUGUCAAUGUCAAUGCAACUUGAUAAUGUAAAAAGAUUUUCUUCCAGGACUAUUCCAGGUCCUAUUCUCCUCUGGGAUUCCUAGUUGACGUGUCUCCUAAAGUUGUUGUUACCAAAACUCAGUCAUUGAGGUUACUACUGAAACAGUCCAGUGGAUUAACAGAAAAUUAAUGGGCAACAGCUUUGAUGAAUGAUUCAAUUUUUAGUCGGUUUUAAGUAAAAAUGCUGAACAAAAAUUGGAAGAAAAAAAUUUUCUGGUUAUCUCGGUCGUCUGUGACAGUAAACCCAACCUCUCUGGGUUUUGGACAAAACUCGAUAUUUGAAGACAUCACGUUUGAAAGUUUGACGUUAUUUUCUGGCAAUUUAUAGAUCAAACAUUAAUUCAUGAAUCAAUAAUCAAAACAGCUGUUAGCUGUAGCCCUAAAAUGUGUAUCUGAGUCCUCACUUGCUGUCAGACUUGCUUUAGACUUUGAUCAGAUUUUACACUUGUUUUUCUUGUCAUCAAAGAACUUCCAUACAAGAAGUGAAAGGGGGACUCUCCCUUUAACCAAACAGAAAUCAGCUCUUUAUCUUUUUCUUUCUUUGUUUUGUGUUUCUGAAUGUUGAAGCUUCCCUUCUCACUCUGUGGAUGUUAUUUAUUUUUAUACUUCGAGAGAUGAAAGAUAUUUAUGUUGUACAGGUGAGGAGCUGCUGUUUUUGGUGUCACAUGUUGUUGUGAUGCUUUGCUGUUAGAGACUCAUUCAGCUCCAUGUGGAGUCUGUUAUUUUGUCAAAAAAGCCGAAGCUGCCGAUCGUCUGUUAAACAAGCGAAUCUGUGUUUGUGUUCAGUUUGGUCGCAUGAACAGACGACAGAGCGAAACCUCUGUAGAGCUCAGAGAUCGUUUGUGUCUUCACUGUUGCAGCUUCAGUCGUGUUGAAAAUAACGAAUGCUGUUAACGUGGUACUCUGAAGAUCUACCAAUAAAGCAGAGUAAAACUUUA